AGAUCAGACCCACCGAGAUCUACUAACUGUAGGAUAAAUUAAAGGUGGCUUUUAACAGUUUUGAGCCAUAAUUUGGAGCAAAGCAAUUGAGAGAAGUUGUUGAACAAAAAUGGGAUCUUUAAUGGCUGGUUGGGACUCACCUGUACUGGAUCCUAAAUCAGUGAAAUACAAGAAGAAUUGGUCAUUCACCAAAGAAGAGAUUGAAGCUUACUGGAAACUGAAGAAGAAAACAGAGGAGGAACAUCUAAAAGCCAUUUCUACUCCAUCAGAGGAUGAUACGAAUUAUGAUGACAACGAUGGAAUAAAGCUUAAGAGAUCAAGUUCCUUGCCCGAGGCUAGGACAAAAGAAAAAGAAAAAAGCUUGGAGAAAUUGAUAACAGAAAAUGGCUGGUGGACUAGGAGCAACUGGGCAUUUCUAAAUGAACCUCCUGUACUCGACCGAUCUUCCAACACUUAUGCUUCGCAGUUCCACAUAGCUAAUUUUCCUGCCUCAAAACCCAAUAAUAAUACUGGGAUUAGUACUUAAUAGUUGUUUAAAGUAGUUAUUGUGUUUAGAUGGUUGAGUGAUCCGAGUAAAGCAUGUUUAUGUGCUACUAAGCCAUGGGUAAGUUCAGAACUAAGGUACCAAUGGUAAGAUGAUGUAAAUAUUGAUGGUUUGAGUGUGUGAAGUGGAACAUUAAUUUUCUGCAAUGUUAUGCUGUAUAAAGUGUAGAAUUAAAAGA